AUGGACUCACCAAAACGAGCCGGGUCGCCUUCUGCAGGAGCAUCAGAUGCGAAAAGGCAAAGACUGUCUGCGGAAAAUGCAUCCCCAGUUGAUCCAGAAAAUGCGCCUGGAAAACGGAACGAACUCGAACCCAUACAAUCCAGUGAUAUCGCGAAUUUACCCUCAGAAGGCCAGCCAGAACCUCGACCAGAGCUAGGUGGACGCGUAAGGGUUCUCAAAGCAGAAGCAGGUGAUGAAGAUGACGGCGGGGAUGUCUCUAUGGGAGAUGGUGCCGACGACGAGGGUGAUUCGGGCGACGAGAACGAUGACGAAGAUCCAGCCCAGUUGGAAGCUACGCGUCUACGACUGGAAGAGCAGGCUCGCAAAUAUCUUGCUGCACAGACCCAUGAAAUAAUUAUUCCCUCGUAUUCGGCAUGGUUUGACAUGUCCAAAAUCCAUCCUAUAGAGAAACGCGCUCUACCCGAAUUUUUCAACUCCAGAAACAGGUCGAAAACCCCCGCAAUAUAUAAGGACUACCGCGACUUUAUGAUUAACACAUAUAGGCUGCGACCUGUAGAAUACCUUACGGUCACGGCUUGUAGACGAAAUUUAGCUGGUGACGUCUGUGCUAUAAUGCGUGUUCAUGCAUUCUUAGAACAAUGGGGGUUGAUCAACUAUCAAAUUGAUCCUGACCAAAGACCAGCAACACUUGCACCACCUUUCACAGGUCAUUUCCGUGUGAUUCUAGAUACCCCUCGCGGCUUACAAUCCCUCCAUCCCGGAACUCGUCCGUCCAAUCCUGGAGCUUCUGCUCUCAACGGCGCGCAACAAAAGCAAAAGACUGGUAUCAACUCACAAAAACCUGUUUCUGCUUCCCUUGAACUUCGCCAAAACAUCUAUCAAACCACCAACAAAUCCGCUCGUAAAAUCCCUUCGUCUGAAGCCAACGCCCUCGCCAACGGCGUAAAUGGUUCUAAUCCUGCCCACCUCCUGUACACCUGCGAUACUUGUGGUUCAGACUGCACGUCCGUACGCUAUCACUCCCUCAAAGAAAAGAAUUUCGAGUUGUGUGCACCAUGUUACCUUGACGGCCGUUUCCCCUCCACGAUGUUCAGUGGAGAUUUCGUCAAGCUGACUAACGCUGUUGUACACGGUACAACUGACGACGACUGGACAGAUCAAGAGCUUCUUUUACUGCUCGAGGGUGUUGAGAUGUAUGAUGAUGAUUGGGGUAAGGUCGAAGAGCAUGUAGGAACAAGAACGGCGCAGCAGUGCAUUCGAAAGUUCUUGGAACUCCCUAUAGAGGACCCGUAUCUGAACACGGAAGCUUCAAUGGGGCCUUUGCGGUUUGGACGUGUGCCGUUCGAACAAGCGGAUAACCCAGUGAUGAGUGUUGUUGCGUUUUUGGCUGGUGUGGUCGCCCCGGGUGUAGCGGCUGAGGCAGCAAAGACGGCACUUCAUGAGCUCACGUCCAAGGAGGAGUCUGAAGCAGACAAGAAAGAAGGGGCCGGCAAAGCGGAUGCAAUGGAUGAAGACGCAGGAUCCUCGAGUAAACAAGGGUCAGUUGCGCCAGGCAACAUGUCGGUUGAUCAACCGGUCGGCGAGAAGAAAUCUAGCGGGUCUUCCGCCAACGUUCCUCAUUCAAAGGUUGUCCGCGCUGCAGACCUCGCUCUAAGGUCCUCUGCAAAAGCAGCCCGGCAACUUGCUGAUGCUGAAGACGCCCAAAUUCGUAGCACGUUGGCAUCUCUCAUUAAGCUGACGUUGAAGAAGCUGGAAAUGAAGAUGUCGCAGUUUGAAGAACUGGAGGAAAUAUUAGAGGAAGAGCGGAAAGGUGUUGAAAGUGCUAGAUUAGCUCUUCAAGGCGAAAGACUUGGCCUGAAGAAGACAUUAGACUACGUCAAAGGGGAAAUCCUCAAGUACGGGUCUGGUGCGGCUAGCAACGGGGUGACCCAGGUCUUGAAUAACCCAGCCACGUUGGGUACGACUAGUCAAGGGCCACAGGCGUCCCAGGUAGAUAUAGGAGCCUCCAUGGAUGGCGGAAUGGGACCGAUUCAGGACGGCAGUAUGCUGCAACUCAGUUGA